GUUCGUCGACGCUGAUGGUCCGCAGCUUGACGGAUCGUAUUGAUCACAUGAUUAAGGACCUCACGCGAAGAGGCCGCGAGGAGAAGAACGAGGACCGGCUGCGAUCCCCCGGGCCGCACCACCUAAACUCCUCGAGUUUCCUGAAGACGCCUCUCAGCUCGCCGCCCAGCGGUCACAAGAGCAAUUCCUUCCUGAAGGGCGAGUCCGCCUUUCAGAUGUCCGGCUCCGGAAUCGACAACAGCAACGAGGGCCAGGGAGACGGCUUGGAACCC